AGGCGCUGCGGGCGGCCCCCGCGCGGCGGCGGGGGCAGCUUGGGCGGCAGCGGAGGGGUGGGCGGCGGCUGCUUGGUGGAGAUGUGCGAAGGGAUCCAGGCAUCCGGCGCGUAGAAGUAGAGGUGAUGGAGGCUCGCCAGGUGCCCCGGAGCUCCCGGGCGCGGGUCCUGCUGCUGCUGCUGCUGCUGCUGCUCGUGCCCUGGGGCGCCCGCACCGCCUCGGGCGCCGCCCUGCCCCCCGCGGGGAUCCUCAGCCCCCGUGGCCCCGGCGCAGCCCGGGCGGCCCCGGCCGGCCCCCCGCGGCGCAGCCUGGCCCUGGCGGACGACGCGGCCUUCCGGGAGCGCGCGCGGCUGCUGGCCGCCCUGGAGCGCCGCCGCUGGCUGGACUCCUACAUGCACAGGCUGCUGGUGCUGGACGCGCGCUGA